AGCAGUCUCGAGGCCCCCCGACGGCCGCCCGCGCUGGGGUGGGCUUGCCGGGAGAUGCCGCGGACGCGGUUUCUCUGGGCCACGGACGUGGGGGACCCCAUCUCGUGCAUCUCGGUAUCCGAUGCGGGGUGCAUGGCGGGGUCGAUGCUCGGCAGAGUGUGGCAGCUCAGGCUCGCGGGGCACGGCAGCCCCCCGGAGCCGGAAAGGCUCGCGGGCUACUCGGAGGACGGCGUGAGGGGCCUCCACGUGGACGCCGAGCGGAGCUACUGCACGCUGCUGGACAAGUGCCAGAUCUGGAAGCAGGGGUUCAGCACGGCGUCCCCGGUCGAGCCCAUCAGGUUCACGCAGCUGGACCGGAAGAGCGCGCAGAGCGUCAAGCACGUGCUUCAGAGGGGGCCGUGGGUGUGCGUCCUGUUCUCCAUGUCGUCCACCGUGGUGAACAUCGUGGAGCAGAGGCACCACCACCGCGCGUUCAAGCUCAUGGACUUUGGCAGCGCCUCCGAGGUCGCGCCCUGCGACUUCGACGGCGAGAGCCUGGUGGUCGCCGACCGCUCCAGCCUGGGCUCUCCGCCCGUUUUCCGUGUGGUUCAGCUGGAGCGCAACGACCAGACAGAGGUGGACGCCAUACCACACGCUGGUAUGAUCUCCCUCAUCAAGCUGUGGCGGCAGGAUUACCUUGUAUAUGUGAUCGCCAGUUCUCUGUAUAUCUACGACAUUCGCAAGAAACAGGUUCGAGGGACUCUGCGAGGGCACAAUGCUGAGAUCCUUGCAGUGGAUGCGCAGGAUGACAGGACUAUCGUCAGCAUGAGUGCGGAUGGCGUCGUCCAUUUCUGGGAUGACGUUGGAAAUUGCCUUCGCACACUUCGUGUGCCAGAGGCAACAUUUUUUCUCGGUUUCCCGUACUUCGUGUGCGCAUGCGGCCACAGGGUUCUGCUCUCCGCAGACGAGGGGGUCUUCCUUGCCGAGACAGACGGCGCCGAGAACCGGGUGUGAUCCGAAGUCUGAUUGCACAAGUAGUUUCACUGCCCUGUAUUCCUCUUCGCGUGUGAUUGGUUUUCCUCGACCAGGGAAAACACGAUGACCAUGACCAAGGUCUCGCGUGGCCUAGCCGUAGUUGACGGUGAUCUUGGUCAUUGUCCAUGCUGGCCGUCGCCGAUUCGCAAGGACGAUCGACGAAUUGACGGCCAUGGACCAUGAUCAAGAUCGACACCGACCAGUCUUUUUGAUGGUCCUCGUAUUCUCUUCCUCCCUCUUUCCUUGAUCUGAUUUUCCUCCCUAACCUCUGCAUGUGGCCUGCCUCAUCGACUCCCCCUGCCAGCGUCGCGCCCGUGUCGGCCGCACUGUCGCGUGUCGCUGUCCCUGCGCCUUUGCAUCCACGGAGGAGGGCGCAGUAAGGUUCGUUCUCUGUAUGGGCCUCGGACGGACAUGCUCAAAUGUGUCUCUGCCCCAAUUUCUCCUAAUCCUGCGCGUGCACACGAAA